CUAUCUCGGAAUUCCCAUGCGGAGGUCAUGCGAGAACAAGUUCAAAAGAUAGUGAUAAGAAUGAUGUUACGAGUGUCCAAGAGAGUGAGAGUGAAAGCGUGACCUUCAGAUACGAUAGCAGUGAGCCAGUGACAUCGUGGUGUGUGUGGAGGGAGGAUCGAGAGACCGAGCGUUUGUGUCUACCUCUGAAUUAAAAAAAAGGGUUAAGAAAAGUGCUCAUUGUGUUCGUAUGCGUUCGCCGCCAUGGGAUCGUUCAUGAGCUCCGCGGUGCGUUCGGAUUGGCGGGAGAGUCAGGAGCGACAAGCAACAACUAUGAAAUCGGACAUGAUCUCGCAGCAGGUGGAGCUGGCGCGGCGCAUGGCGGAGAGGCAGAUGGCGCUCCAGGUGGCGUCCGUAAGGGAGCUGAUGCUAUGGUUCGUGCCCUUCGCCAUCACCUCGUACGCCUUCCUGUACCGGGGAUACCGCAAAACCAAUAGCUGGGUCGUCAUGUUCCCGCUCAUCCCGGUCACCUUCGGCUUCGCGUACCAAGUGCACUACGCCUACGGCAACAAGACGGCGCAGAUACGAGCCUUGGCCGAAAAGAUCAUGGCAAACGAGGCACACAUGAUGGCGGUUCCCGAAUGGCAGUCUACAGCCCAGUUCCCACCAAAUCCUAGCGACCCAUCUCCGCCUCCGGCCCUGCAAGCACACGCAAGCAAUCAGACAGCUGCGAGCGGUUCCUCUAUAAAGGAAACCGCUGACGUUAACGCAUUUCAUUAUCCUAAUACGAGAUCGGCGUAAUGUUCUUGUUUCUUGUCUUCUUUUCCUGGUCAAGACUGUUUCUUCGUGAAGUCUGUUACAUUCCAUAGUCAUUUUCAUUGUCUAUACACUAAACAAUACUUAUAAAUGGAGAGUGAGUGUGUGUGAGUGUGCGUGUGCGAAUGGAUAUGAAGUUCAAUAUUAGUCACGUUUCACAGACGACUUGCACCAAAUGUACAAAUUUUAUUUGAGUGCAUUAAAUUAUUAUGUAUUUACUACUGAAAUGAAUAAAAAUUAAUAAACUA